AUGGCUCCUUUGGCUCCUUUGGUUGCUUCCGCAACGGCCGCUUCGACUAGGGUUGAGAGGCCGAGCAUCCCCACCACGCCUCUGACUCUCCCCAACCUGCUGCUCAUGAGUCCUGGCCCAUCAUCUCCCCAUCCACGUGUCCUCGCUGCUGCUGGUUCGCCCCUUGUCGGCCAUAUGCACCCCUCGCUGCUCGGUGCCGUGGACGACGUGCGCGAGUGGCUCAAGUACGUCUUUCAGACGCGCAACCGCUUCACGCUCGGCGUCAGCGGCUCGGGACACGCCGCCAUGGAAUCUGCAGUGAACGCCGUUGUGGCACCUGGGGACGUCGUGCUGGUCGCGGUCAACGGCAUGUGGGGCGAGCGAAUGGCGCUGCUCGCGCGGCGACACGGCGGCGACGUGCGAACGAUCCAGGCGCCACUGGGGGAGGUGUUUUCCCUCUCCGACUUCGCGCACGCUCUCGAGGAGAACCCGGGAGUCUCGGCGGUGUUUGUGGUGCACGGCGAGUCGAGCACAGGGACGCUGCAGCCGCUGGAAGGAUUGGGGGAACUCUGCCACAAGCACGGUGCGCUCCUGGUGGUGGAUGCGAUUUGCACGGCGGGAGGAGUGCCUGUUCUGAUGGACGAAUGGGAUAUCGAUGUGUGUUACAGCGGGUCUCAAAAGUGUCUGUCGUCGCUCGUAUCGCCGUCGCCGUUCUCCAUGAAUGAGCGUGCAAGACAGAAGCUCAAGAGCAAGGCGCACCAGAUCCAAACAUACUACUUCGAUAUGAACGUGGCUGGGGCUUUCUGGGGCGUGGAUGGCAAACCGCAUGUGUACCAUCAUACAUCUCUCGGAAGCAACAUCAUGGCCAUCAGGGAGACGCUAGCUUUGGUGGUGGACGAGGGGCUAGAGAGCGUGUGGCAUCGCCACCGCUCCCUGGCUGAUAAGCUCUGUGCUGGAAUUGAGGAGCUUGGGCUAGAGCUGUUCGUGAAGGACCCUUCCGUCCGCCUGCCCACCGUGACAACCAUCAAGGUGCCAGAGGGGGUGCAGUGGGCGCAAGUGACGGCUUACCUCAUGGAAAAAUACAACCUCGAGAUUGCCGGGGGUCUGGGGCCGACUGUUGGCAUGUGGGCACAGGUGGUGGCUUUCCUCAUGGAGAAAUACAACCUCGAGAUUGCCAGAGGGCUGGGGCCGACUGUUGGCAUGGGCGUGCAGUGGGCGCAGGUGACGGCUUACCUGAUGGAGAAAUACCAACUCGAGAUUGCAGGAGGGCUGGGGCCCACCGUUGGCAUGUGGGCGCAGGUGACGGCUCUCCUCAUGGAGAAAUACCACCUCGAGAUUGCAGGAGGGCUGGGGCCCACCGUUGGCAUGGUGUGGCGCAUUGGCAUCAUGGGCAAAAGGUGUGGCGCAUUGGCAUAA